CAUUUGGAAAGGACAGUGGGCGCUAUAGAACUUGGCAAUGGGAUGCGGUGGCUCGAAGCAAUGGGUUGCGGCAAUGGGCACCCACUCACCGGGCAGCAGCGGCCGCUCGCCACAGGUUGAUUGGAACGCUCCGCUUUCACUCAGAGCAGUCCAGUCGAGCCCGAUGGAUGGCAACGGCCGUCUGAGCAACAUCACCUCGCGUGGUGGUGGCUUCGCAAACUUUGGUGGACGCAGUGGCGGGCAUGGAUGCUUCCCUCACUGGGCCCUCUUCGAGGGAUGCGAGGGGCGGCUUGUGGCCGGCGUUGAGAUGAAGGCGUACGUGGCCGGUGAGUCGCCGAAGACGAUGACCGUCGAGACGUCCGAUGAACAGGAAGGGCCCUGGCGGCCGGUGGCCAGCCUGAGUGCCGACGCCGCGUGGGGUGAGGACGUGCCGUGGGCGCGUGUCUCCGAGCCGGAUCCUGCCGUGAAGCACUGGUCUUGGGCCCCGAUGAAGCUCGGCCGCUACCUGCGUCUAACGUUUACGUCCUCCUUCAACGGCGAUGCGCCGACGAUGUACCACACCUUCUUCUACCCGCCCGUCCCAACGGCGGUCCAUCCAGAGAUCGAGGUGCAUGGCGGCGGGUCGUCGUCGGGCGGAAAGGUCGAAGGCGGCGGCGAGGAGCCGACCGUCGAGGGCGUCGUCGUCGAAAUGGAGCCGGAGCGGUAAAUUCUCCACGCCAUGUUUUAAAAA